CCACCGGUCCCGGGCGAGGCGGGCUCGGCUCUUCCGGGCGCGCUCAGUGCGGACGCGGCGUGGAUGGAGGCGGCGGCGAUGCCGAGCUGCUGGGGCGCGGUGCUGGGCGCCGCCGUGUCCGUGCCCCUCCUGAUGCUGGCGGCAGCGCCCUACGUCAGGCGGUACGUGGCCGGAGGGCGGUGCAGGUCCGCGGCCAGGCUGGACGGGAAGGUGGCGGUGAUCACGGGCGCCAACACCGGCAUCGGGAAAGAGACCGCCAGGGAGCUCGCCCGGAGAGGCGCGAGGGUGAUUGUUGCCUGCAGAGACGUAGCGAAGGCAGAAGCUGCAGCACGUGAAAUCCGAGCUGAGACAGACAAUCAGGAAGUCAUUGUGAAAAAGUUGGACUUGGCCGAUACCAAGUCCAUCCGGGAGUUUGCUAACAGCUUUCUAGCAGAAGAGAAGGAACUCCAUAUCCUCAUUAAUAAUGCUGGGGUAAUGUUAUGCCCUUACUCCAAGACAGCCGAUGGCUUUGAGAUGCACCUGGGAGUCAAUCAUCUUGGUCAUUUUCUUUUAACCUUCUUGUUACUGGAACGUCUGAAGCAGUCAGCACCAUCCCGCAUUGUGAACGUGUCCUCACUGGCUCAUCACGGAGGCCGAAUCCGCUUCCAUGACCUCAAUGGUGAGAAGAGCUACAAUCGUGGCCUCGCCUACUGUCACAGCAAGUUGGCCAAUGUCCUUUUCACCCGAGAGCUGGCAAGGCGGCUGCAAGGUACAAAAGUCACAGCAAACUCUCUCCAUCCUGGCUCUGUCCAUUCUGAGCUGGUCCGGCACUCAUUUGUAAUGACGUGGCUGUGGAGGAUAUUCUCAUUCUUCUUGAAGACUCCAUGGGAAGGAGCUCAGACCAGUGUGUACUGUGCAGUAGCAGAGGAGCUAGAAUCUGUGACAGGACAAUAUUUCAGUGAUUGCCAGCCAGCAUAUGUAUCUCCAUGGGGUCGGGAUGAUGAGACAGCAAAGAAGCUCUGGAACGUGAGCUGUGAGCUCCUCGGCAUCCAGUGGGACUGAGCAGCGCAGCCAUUUGUGUGUACCUGGCUGAGCCCAGUGAUGCUACUCUUGGGAAGAGCACUGCUGCCAAGAACACUGGUACUUCAGCUGCCCUUGUGAUGGUUCUGUGGAUGCAGUCCAGUACGAGCUUCUGGAAUGUUACUCUUAAGGAUUGAGAUUAGAAAGCAAAGCAUCCGUUUUGUAGCUGGAGAUUAGAACACCAAUACUGUGAGCAACCUUUGGUAACUCACAACAGCUAGAGGCUGUUGUCCUGUGGCUUUAGAAUAGAAAUGGAGGUUAUCAUCUUAGCUUUAGAUCACCUGUAUUGGAAGUUGCUUUUUGCUUUAGUCUCUCUUUCCAUACCAGUAAUAGUAAAAAGUUAGUACACUAACUAGCUUUACAAGGUCAUUUUUUGUUCCUAAUAUUUGACAUGGCAGAGUACAAGUAUUCAUGUUUCUGGCAAUUAUGUGUAAUAUAAAUGCUCACAAACACACAAAAACAACUGCUGGCCUAACUAGGAUCAAGCAUUUUCCAUGUUCUCUAAACACCUCUAGCCUGUGAAGUAAGGUGGUUCAUCUUUUGGGAACACAGCUGUCAAUGCAGCUGGCUGGAAGGUUAAAACCUGCAGGAAUGAUGAAAUUGGGCAAUAGCUAGUUAUUUUAUUCAAAACAGUUAACAAUCUGUGCUGUGAAACACUAAAAAAGAUGGUAUAAAACUUGACCUAAUAAAAUUUAAGCUGUACUUAAGUGAUUUACAAACCUGGAAAAAAGAUUUAAUUAAAAAGAAAAUUAACUGCACUGAAAAACAACAAUUAAUUUCCACUGAGGCUUUAGCAUUGAAUUUGCUUUGACAGCAAACUACCUUGAGCUAAAUAGCUGAAGCAGGGGCCAGUGCUAUCCUGAUAUUAUGGUCAGUUUAGUCACAGGACAGAAAAAGAAAACAAAUCCGAGCAGUUAUGGGCCAUGGCUCCCAGCCUGACCUCACUGUACCAUACAGCCUGCACAGUCAAAAGGCAGUUCAGUCAAUCCACGUCCUCAUGAGCUUACUCCCUUGGAGCUCUAGUGAAAAUUGAUAUGAUGGGACGCAUAAUCCAAGAUUAUUUCUGAAAAAGUUUUUUUUACCUGCUUAACUCAACAAGUGCCAUAGUUCACAGGAUUAUCUUUUUCUGGAAAAAAAAAUCCAGAAGUAUUUAGACCCAUGUCCGAACAUUCCUCUGACCAACUGCCAGUGUUGGGAAGCAAAUACUCACGUUAUGAUUAAUGAUGUCUGGAAGCUAUCCACGUACAUCAGUCCCACACUACCUCUGAUCAAUACUAAAUAAAGCCAUUUCCUUUUUACAGCAAUUUUCUGAAGACAAUUUCUUCAGAAACGAUGCAAUUCAUUUGUUUUGCUGAUAUUUGCACUGCCUUACUAAUGUAAAAAAAAAAAAAAAAUUAGCUUAUAUUCUGAAGUCCCUUUCUGUUUCUCCCUGUGCUUGACCUUUUUUCCUCCCUCAACAACACUGUAGCAGUAGAUUGUUUACAUACCAUGCAGGCUCUGAUCAAAGGGGCUUUCAGGAACAACAGUAACCAUUAAAAAAAAGCAGAAAGCAUCUCUAGGCCAUAUUUUCCCCUUCUAGGUCAGUGUUUUUCUCAAACAAAUGAAUCAGAUCCUAGAGUCACUAGGAGACCUAACUACAUAUUACUGUAGAGGGAUGUCUCCUCCUCUCUGACCUUGGCUAAGUCAUUUAUACCUUAUAGGUUGAUCUGUAAAAUGAGAGCUUAAGCUCAUUUAGCUGCCUUAAAGGGAGUAUUGUAAGGGAGAGUUGCAUUAACUUGCAAAGCUGCCUGAAGAGAAUUACUGGUCUGCCAGAGUACAUGUAUAAGCCGAGCUAGCUACCGAGGUGACCUCUGAAGAGGUGAUGAUAGCACAGUUGCUCUUAAGUAUUCAGAACAUUAUAGCAAAGGCACAUUUUGGUAUGACAGCAAUUCUUCCCCUUGUAGUUCAUCUGGUGAGCAUAGUCACAUUAAAAAAAAACACAGAUCUAGAACAAAAGACUUGGCUAAAAAUGCUGAGGUGAAAAGCAAACAAGAUAUAUUGAAACUUUCAGUCAUAAUACUUUAUUCUCCUUUCCAUCCCCCCAUUGUAAACAGCCCACGGUCAUUUCUAUAGAAAGUUUUCAAACUGGCAGUACUCAAUCCAUUUCUGAAGGUCAAAAAAUUCAAACCAUUGAUAAUUGCACUAUUCAUGACAAAAGGCAGUUGGUCAGGAUCAAAAUUCCAGUUCUGCUGGUAAGAGAAACAUUCCCUACAAUUCCAGGUUAAGAACGUCAAAUUACAACAAACACUAUAAAGUGCAUAAAGUACAGUGCAAAGAAGUCGAGAGGAAAGGCAGGUACAGAACUGACUGGUCUGCAUGACAAACUCUGCUCUCUGUGCUCUAUACAGCUGUAAGGAACUGGAGCAGAACAGUGUUACAGCAAAGCAUAACUGGAUACCCAUGAACAGUAGAACCUCCCCCCAUAGUUAGAGAGCUAGAAGUCAUCAAAUAGAUGGAUAGUGUCACGUUUUAGGAUUAGCCUAACAGCUCUAAGCUGAUGGCAAGCUAGGUCAGUCUGGCCAGGAAAACAAAAGCAGCUUUCAUUGGUACUGCUCACUAAUGAGAUCGUGCAAAUCUGUGAUUGGGAGAUUCUAACAUCUAAAUGUGGUCAUUUCUGACGACUUAGCUUAGAGACAUUUCUAGCCCUGCUCUAGUGAAUAGUGUGCCUCUGGGAGAGAUGGUGGUAGCAGUGGAGCACCCAGAGGGGAUGGAGCAAGUCCUUCCCAAUGCUAUCAAAGUCUGUUCUGUCACUGCACCGAGUCUGGGGACAUUACAAAACCCAUACUUGACAGUCGCAGCUAUUCUAUGUACUAAAACUAUUUGCAGAAGCUGUUCUGUUUCUUCAAAAGUCAGUCAAAUGUUAAACAGUUAACAACAAAAGUGAACUAGUUUUCCCAUCUCGUGCUGAAGUAAAAAUCAACUGCAAACAAA